AUGGGGAAUCUGCCUGGUCGGGAGAAGCCGCUCAGCAUCCCAUCGGCAUCUGUUGACACCACGCAGCCCCCGCUGCCGGCUCAGGCAGGUGAGUGCCCAGCAGCUGCUGGGAAAACCUCCACCUCGUGCCGGGUCCUCCCGCCCCAGUCGGGGCUGGCGCUGCCGGGGAAACUGAGCCCUCUCACCGUCCCUGCAGCCCCCAGCGCUUUCCAGGCCCUGGCCCUCUGUGACUUCCCCUCCGGUGCGGGGGUGGCCGCUGUCCUGAGGAUGGGGGAGCAGCUCCGCAUCCUCUCCGAGGGCGGGGAGUGGUGGCUGGUGGUGUCCGAGGUGUCUGGCAAGGAGUGCCACGUCCCCAGUAGCUGCGUGGCCAAGAUCAGGCACGGGUGGCUGUACGAGGGCGUCAGUCGGCAGAAGGCGGAGGAGCUGCUGCUCCGUCCGGGCAACCACAGCGGGUCCUUCCUGAUCCGGGAGAGCCAGACCAGGCGAGGUUGUUAUUCUCUGUCGCUGCGCCGCGGGGAACGCGCUGCCUGCGCCUCGGUGACUCACUACCGCAUCCACCGGCUGGAGAACGGCUGGAUAUACAUCUCCCCUGGGCUCACCUUCCCCAGCCUGCACAGCUUGGUGGAUCACUACUCUGAGUUCAGCGAGGGGCUGUGCUGCCUCCUCAGCCAGCCCUGCUCCACGGACGGGAUGAGGGCGGCCUCGGCUCCAACACCGCCCCUUGUCAAGAAGCCAUCGCUGCACUGGGACAAGAUCGACAGCUCCCUCCUGCUCUCCGAGAAUGCGUCCCCCCAGGAGGACUCUCCCUUCAGCCUGGGCCUGCGGGAAGCCAUCAGCUCGUACCUGCUCCUCUCGGAGAGUGACAAGCCUGAGCCAGACCCCCCAGGGAAAGGGGCAAAGAAGAGCUGA